GAGUCAACACAGAUCUUAUUAGCAGUCUAAGAAGAAGAAGAAGCAGUUGUGAAAAUGUCAGCGUUGAGGCAGGAGCAUAGUUAUGGUCUCUCCAGCACCCAAAUCAGCAAAAACACCAAGCAGAGUCUGUACCACGUAAAACUGACUGACAGCGCGAUCCGGAUGCUGGAAACUUACCAGAACCUGAAGACAUCACAAUCAAAGCCAAUGAUUUGCUUCAAGGAGAACCAGGUGUACAUGAAGAUUCCAGCACCAACCCCGGACGACCCUGAUGCCACAAAAAUCAUCAGGUUCAACUUGUCCAGUGAUGGCAGCGAGAACCCACAGUCAAGCUUUGAGUGCAUUCAGCAGUACGUCUCAGGGGACGACACGGACCACCUGGAGAGCAAGGGCCACAUUCAGGGCAAGAUGACAGUUUGUGCCACAGAACAGUCCUACCAGGAAACGAGGAAAUACCUGUCUCAGAUGGAGAAACCCAGCCAGAAACGGUCAGCGAUUGAGAUCGAGCGGAGGCCAACUAAGUUUGCAAAGAUCCAGAACAAGUGGAGUUUAAUGCCAGACUCACGUGGCAGCAGCAGCAGCAGCAGCAGCAGCAAACACUCCCUGUGCAAGAGGAGCCAGGUCCUCAGUCCUGUGGCACGCUGCCCCUUGAGGGAAUGCAUUGUUCAUCGGCUGGCUUUAAGAUCACAUAAAAAACCUGAUCUGGUGCUGUGGUUGGAGAGACAGCGAUCUGAUUCAGAGGACAUGGCUGAGCUGACCUCAGUGUUGGAGGAGGUCAGCAAUUGGAACCCAGAUGCUGACUGCUACAGUCUGAAGACGGAGCUCUUCACACACGUCCAGACAGACUGGCCUGGAUAUAAGAGCAAGGAAAAGCAGCUCAUUGGCCGGCUCCUGAGUAGGAAACGCCCAUCACAGUCAGACCUGUCCAAUGAUCUGGACCUGAAAAAACAGAGGACAUCAGUCCAGCCUGUGCCUCCACAGAUGCCCUCUCAUGAAGUUCAGUGUACAAACCCCACUAGCAGCUCCUUUCAUUGGACUUCUGGAAACCCCCACAGCUCAGCCCUGUCCUCGGCGUACAUCCACAAAGGCCACACAGGGGAGAAAGCUACGGUUACUUCAACCUCAGCGACUCCACUCCCCGACUAUGUCAACACCAUCACAUCACUGGAGCAGCGUCAAAAAUACGAAGAGGAAUUUGACGCUGAGUAUCAUGAAUAUGAAGCUGUUCAUGACCGGAUCGCCGCUGCUGCAGAAAGGUUUCUUCAGAUGACCUCUGAACUGGACUCGCUGCCUCCUGGGACGGAAGCUUAUCAGCAAAUGCAGGACCAGGUACUGGAAAAGUACAGAAUCUAUCAGAAAUGGUUUCCUGGAUAUCGGAGAGACAAGAGGAAAUGCAUCUAUCUUCACCAUAAACUGGCGCACAUAAAAGAAACGAUUGCAGACUACGACCAAGCACAGGACACCAGGAUCUGA